CAUGAAUUUUAAAUUUUAACAAUUAACAUGUUCGUUUCGUAUUAUCAGACUAUUAUUCUACUUUUUACACUUUACAGUCUUUACUUUAAUCGCUUCUUCUUGCACACUGCCGUUAUUGGGAGUUAUUUCACUUAAUUGUGUUGGUUUCCUGGUGGAAAGUAGCGUCCUCUGGAUUCCGUUCCAACCGUAUUAAGUUCCAGCUGAGAGUAACUAACUGCGAGAGUGCUAAAACAUGAAGUUCCGUUGCAAAAUGUCUGAUCUGUUCAGUAUCCAGCAUUUUUACCGGAUACUCCAGACAGUUGCAAAGCUAUGCGAUACCACGUGCAUUGUGCGUAUGACUCCGACGCGUAUGUUCAUCUUCACCAAACCAGCCUCGAUGAUCGAUGGAGGCGCGUAUGUGCUCGCGGAGAUGCAUCCGGAAGUCCUGUUUGAUGAAUACAAUAUGGUCGGCUACGCUCCGGAUGCCAAUGAGAUAUUUAUCGAAGUUAAUCCCGAGGUGCUCCUGAGAGGCUUCAGGGUUCCACAGAAGAAUGCCAAAUAUAUCAAAAUCAAACUCACUAACAGAGUUGGUCCAUGUAUGUGCGUCGAAUCUGAACUGCCGUCCAUGACUAUGCGUUCAAAAUUUACGACUCAUGACACUCCCAUUAUCGUUCUGGCACGAAGUGUGUGGAAAGAUAUAACGCCGCCGGAAGACAUUCCCACGAACAUUGGCCAUCAACUGUCUUCCUUGAAAUUAUUUAAAACUGUUGUCGAUCGCAUGCGAAUUCUGGGACAAGUCUGUGCAACCAUUUCGGCUAGCCGCGAAAAACUUUCCGUUGAUGUGGGUGGCCCAACCAGCGAAUACGAAAUUUGCAGCCAUUUUGAAGAUCUGGAAAAUACAGUCGAUAGUAGUGUCGAUACGGAAGAUCUGACGGAAACCGAGGAAGAAAUAGCCUUGGGAAACGGGCUUUACUCCGUUAAAGUGGAUAUCCGCCGAUUAUGUGCGUUCCUUUCUGCUCAACAGUAUUCUUCGAAUCGAGUCACUUUAAGUAUCCGACAUAAACGACAUUUGGUGCUUUUACUUGGCGAUGAUAAUAAGUUUAGGCUGCGUUUCGUUCUACCUGGACAAGACUGUGAGGAAUAGAAAAAUUUGCCUUGUUGAAAGUGUCAAGAUUUGUUGGAUUGUGAUGGAAAGAUGUAGAUGUUCGUGUAUGCUCUUUGCAUAAUUUUGCGCUUCUUCUUUUACUAAAUUUGUUAUUUCUUUAAAUUACUUAAAUGGUUUUUUUAGGACUUAGGAGCAGCUCUUACCGUUAACUGUUAAUAAGUGUUAACAAUACAUGGUUCCCGAUAAUUAUUUUGAACACUGAAGGUUUGCCACAUGGUAGAUACUGGGGAACUGAAUAAACUGGAGCUAACUUUUUUGGCUUAU